UUCACCAACACCCCCUCUUUAGUCACCCCCCUCUUUUCUCCCCAAAACUUCUCUCUUCUCCUCAUCUCAUUCCUUAUUCAGCCUCACAACAAUGGCUACUGCAGUCACUGCUGCAGUCUCUCUUCCCUCCUCUAAGACUACCUCUCUUUCAGCCAGAACCUCCAUCAUCUCACCAGAAAGAAUCAGCCUUAAGAAGGUUCCUUUGUUUUACAGAGACAUCUCUGCCGGUGGGAGAGUGGUUUCUAUCAGAGCCCAGGUCACCACUGAGGCUCCUGCCAAGGUCGAGAAGAUUUCCAAGAAAAAUGAGGAAGGAGUGAUUGUUAACAAGUUUAAGCCUAAGAAUCCUUACAUUGGCAGAUGUCUUCUCAACACUAAGAUCACCGGGGAUGAUGCUCCUGGAGAAACAUGGCACAUGGUCUUCAGCACCGAGGGAGAAGUUCCCUACAGAGAAGGGCAAUCCAUUGGGGUAAUUGCAGAUGGUGUUGACAAGAAUGGGAAGCCUCACAAGCUGAGAUUGUACUCAAUUGCAAGCAGUGCCCUUGGUGACUUUGGAGACUCCAAAACUGUUUCUCUUUGUGUGAAACGGCUUGUCUACACCAAUGAGAAUGGGGAACUAGUUAAGGGAGUCUGCUCAAAUUUCUUGUGUGACUUGAAGCCUGGGGCCGAAGUGAAGAUUACAGGGCCUGUGGGGAAAGAAAUGCUUAUGCCAAAGGAUCCAAAUGCCACAAUCAUAAUGCUUGCAACUGGAACUGGAAUUGCUCCUUUCCGCUCAUUCUUGUGGAAAAUGUUCUUUGAGAAGCAUGAAGACUACAAGUUCAAUGGUUUGGCCUGGCUCUUCUUGGGUGUUCCCACAAGCAGCUCACUACUCUAUAAGGAGGAAUUCGAGAAAAUGAAGGAGAAGAAGCCUGAGAACUUCAGGUUGGACUUUGCAGUGAGCAGAGAGCAAUCAAAUGCCAAAGGAGAGAAGAUGUACAUUCAGACCCGAAUGGCUGAGUAUGCAGAAGAACUCUGGGAAUUACUGAAGAAAGACAACACCUAUGUCUAUAUGUGUGGGCUCAAGGGCAUGGAGAAGGGAAUUGAUGACAUAAUGGUGUCACUGGCUGCUAGAGAUGGCAUCGAUUGGAUCGAGUACAAGAGGCAGUUGAAAAGGGCAGAGCAAUGGAAUGUUGAAGUCUAUUAAUGCUAGUUUACUUGUACAAAUAUCUUCAUCUUCCUUUUGUUUUUUGUUUUCCCUUUGAAGCAGCCAUCCCUCAGCUGCACUCUGUAGAUAGACAACCUGCUUUGGAAUUCCUAUUCUUAUAAAAAGCAGCUGUACCUCUAAGGCAUCUACAAAGAAAAAAGUUCUAUUUUUGAGGCAUGGAUCAUGGAUCAUGGAUCAUGAUCAUGCAUCAUGGAUCA